AUGUGCCUUUGCAGCCACGUGUUGGCGGUGUCUGGUUUUUGUGUUGAAGAUCAACAAUCACUGUUGCUGCAACUGAAGAACAACGAAUUCCAGUUCAAUGCUUCAAAGUCUACUAAACUGAAAAGGUGGAAUCAAAGCAUUCCUCAUUGUGAUUGGAAUGGUGUGACUUGUGAUAAGGAGGGGCAUGUUAUUGGUCUCGACUUGAAUAAUGAAUUCAUAGAUGGAGAAUUGCAUAAUUCAAAACUUGGUCUCUUUGAAUUUGUCGGACAAUGGUUUGAAAGGUCAAAUACCAAUGGAAAUUUCCCAGUUGAAAAAUCUGCUCAAGGGAAAGAUUGGAGCAAUGCUCUGUUAGCAAUUCCUAGUCUUGAAGAAGUAAGCAUGCGCUCUUGCAAUCUCUCUGGGCCCAUUGAUUCUUCAUUAGGGAGACUGAGCACCUCUCAAGACUUUAUCUUGAUGAGAUUAUAUCUUUCUUACAACAACUUGUCAGCUGAUGCAAAUAUUAUGGAUGCUAACCUUUCUUCAUUUCCAAACUUAGAGAUUCUAGGAUUGUCUUCUUGUAAUUUGAGAGAAUUCCCAUUGUUCUUGAGAAACCAAUCAAACAUAGGAUAUCUUGAUCUCUCUAACAACCAAUUCAUAGGACUGAUACCUUAUUGGAUUUGGGAAAUUCUUGGAGAAGAUGGUGAUCUAGAUCUUUCUAACAAUUCUUUGACAGGCUUUGAAAGACACAUGCUAAAUUACACUGUUAAUUUGGAUGUCGUCGAUCUUCACUCCAACAAACUCAAUGGGAACAUUCCUCCUUUUAUCAACUCAUUCUUUUUGGACUUGUCACGAAAUCACAUCAACACUGUUAUUCCACAUAACAUUGGUGCUCAAUUUCAUUCAGUUUAUUUUCUUGAGCUUUCUAGAAACAAAUUUCAUGGGGACAUUCCUCAUUCCUUGUGCAAUAUUCCAACUAUGAAAAAACUUGAUCUUUCCAAUAAUAUGCUUGAAGGGACAAUCCCACCUUGUUUAAUACAUAGUGAGACUCUCUCCAUACUAAUUCUUGGAAAGAACAAGCUCAAAGGCAACAUUCCAAAUGCAUUUCCAAAAUCAUGUGAUUUUUCCAUAUUAGAUGUAAAGGAAAAUCAAUUGAGUGGCUUCAUACCCAAGUCAAUGAUUAGUUGCACGAAUUUGAGGGUGCUAAAUAUUGGAAAUAAUCAUAUUAGUGGUCACUUUCCAUGCUUCCUAAGGAACAUAUUCUCACUUGAAGUCUUGGUUUUGCGAAAAAACCAAUUUCAAGGUCCCAUUGGAUGCUUAGAAAAUGAUGGAAGUUGGUGUAUUCAUAUUAUUGAUUUGGCUUUUAACAACUUCAGUGGAUUUCUUCCGGCCAAAGUUUUCACAACUUGGGAAUCAAUGAUGGUUGAUAUUCCACUUGUAUCAAUUUCUAAUUACAUCGCACUUAAUUAUUUUGUUGGAACACCACAUUAUUAUUCAAUGACAAUUGUGAGUAAAGGCCAAGAAAUGGAAUGGGAUGAAAUACAACAGUCCUUCACUUUGAUUGACUUUUCAUCUAACAAUUUUGAAGGGCCAACACCAAAAGAGCUAAUGAACUUGGAAGCUCUUUAUGUUCUCAAUUUGUCAAAUAAUGCUUUCUCAGGCAAAAUCCCAUCUUCAAUUGGAAAUAUGAAGCAGCUUGAAUCCUUGGAUUUGUCAAACAAUUCUUUGACCGGAGAGAUUCCAACAGAGCUUGCAAAGGCACACAAAUUCAAUCAAUUUGAUGCCUCUUCCUUCCAAGGCAAUAAAGGGCUGUAUGGACCUCCUUUGACCAAAAUUCCAAAUAAUGGGAAGCCAGGAUUAAUGCUACCACCUAUAGCUUCUCAAUAUGACCAUGGAAUUGAUUUCACAUUUAUCACAGGCAUGGAAUUUGGAGUGAUUUUUGGCUUAGCCAUUAUUAUCGGACCUCUUUUCUUCUGGAGGAAAUGGAAGAUAAUGUACUGGAAAUAUGUGGAUGAUGUUCUUUAUAUAAUCUUUCCUCAACUUUAUCUUGAUUAUCAAAGACAUGCUGGACAAUGGCACGCAGUUCUGCGUUGGAGUCGUUAA